AUGAUAAUUCAACACUGGCAGCAAUGAAAACUGUCAACAAACAACUCUAACCUUGAAAUCGUUGGAGGAACUCCUUUGAUAAUUUGAAAAUAAAUGAACAAAUGCAGUGGUCGGGUUGUUGUCACUGGUCUAGGGGUCGUUUCCCCUCUGGGGGUUGGAGUAAGAAAUGCCUGGAAUUCCCUGAUCAGUGGAAAAUGUGGAAUUCAGAAGCUGAAGGAACCGGAAUAUGAAAAAUUGCCAUGUCGGGUUGCUGCACUGGUACCAAAGGGUUCAGGCACCUCAGACCUGGACUUGACCUCGAAAUUCACCACGAGUGAGCUUCGAACCAUGUGUCCAGCCACAGCGUACGCCCUGGUGGCUGCUGAAGAGGCCCUGAACGAUGCUAAUUGGUUACCCGAAAAGGAGCUCGAUAAAAGAGACACUGGAGUGGCUGUUGGUAUCGGUAUGAUCGACCUGAUGGACGUCUGUACGACGUACGAGGCCCUCAAAAAGGGCUACAGCAAAGUCAGCCCCUACUUCAUACCCAAAAUUCUUCCCAACAUGGCAGCUGGCCAGAUCAGCAUCAAGUAUGGGUUCAGAGGUCCCAACCACGCCGUCUCCACGGCCUGUGCCACUGGAGCGCAUGCCAUCGGUGAUGCUUAUCGCUUCAUCAAAGGAGGUGACUCCUCGGUGAUGGUUUGCGGUGGUGCAGAGGCGUGUAUCAGCCCCCUAGCGAUGGCGGGGUUCUGUCGUCUGCGCGCCCUCUCCACAAAUCACAAUGACACCCCCCAGGAGUCGUCUCGCCCCUUCGACAGGGAUCGAGAUGGUUUUGUGAUGGGAGAGGGAGCAGCUAUUCUCGUCCUGGAGGAGUUAAACCACGCACAAAAGCGAGGAGCUCAAAUUUACGGGGAAAUCCUGGGCUACGGUAUAUCAGGGGACGCCUCACACCUGACGGCACCCUCGGAGGACGGAGUCGGAGCGAUCCUGGCGAUGGACAGAGCCAUUAAGAACGCGGGGAUCGAUCCCCUUGAGAUCACCUACGUGAAUGCUCAUGCCACGUCAACUCCUCGAGGGGAUGCCAUCGAAUUGAAGGCUAUUGAGGCGGUUUUUGGAGAUCAUAGCAAGAAUGUUACGGUUUCCAGCACAAAAGGGGCACAUGGCCACCUCCUGGGGGCUGCUGGUAACCUUGAGGCUCUCUUCACCCUUCUAGCUAUCAAAGAACAGGUCUUUCCUCCCACCCUCAACCUCUGUAAUCUGGAUUUCGAGGGGCACCUGAACUUUGUGCCCAAUGAGAGAAAAAAGUGGAAGGAAAACUCCAAGAGAGUUGCCUUGAAAAAUGCAUUUGGCUUUGGUGGGACUAACGCCUCCUUGUGCAUUGCCCAAUUUGUUGAUUAAUUUUUGUGAAUAAAUAUAUUUGUUUAAA